AUUACGUCACAACCAGUCUUCCGCUGACCAAUAUCACUGCAGAAAUAGUUCUGCAAACAACAAGCAACCGAAGGUUGGUAGGACUCAUCCGUCACGUCCGUUUUUCCUGCUUAAAAUAUAUCUGGCGGCCGCAUGGCUUAUUAUUCGACUAUGAGUUAAACCAAGGCAGAGGAUUGUGACUAGAGGCCAUAGAUAGCGUAGAAAAUGGUUUCGUACGUGGCGUCGCGACUUAUCAUGCUCGUGUUUGGAACUCUCUAUCCAGCGUAUUAUUCAUAUAAAGCGAUCAAGACAAAGAAUGUCCGCGAAUAUGUGAGAUGGAUGAUGUAUUGGAUAGUAUUUGCUCUCUUUAUCACACUAGAACUCUUUGCUGAUCUUCUACUUGGAUUUUGGUUCCCCUUCUAUUAUGAAAUUAAGAUACUAUUCAUGCUUUGGCUUUUGUUACCUGCAACAAAGGGAUCCAGCAUUCUGUAUCGUAAAUUUGUGCAUCCAUGGUUAUCUCGCAAUGAAAAUGACAUUGACAGUUACAUUUCACAGCUGAAAGAGAGUGGAUAUGACACAUUCUUGAGAGUCAGUAAAAAUGGUCUGUCCAUUGCUGCUGACACUAUGAUAAAGACUGCUGCCACGGGUCAAACUGUCCUGGCAGAGAAGCUACGUCAUUAUGGCACUGAUGUAACAGACCAUAGACAAGCCAGGCUUCGCAAGGCUAAAUCAUGGUAUGGUGGAAUGAAUUCAACAGACAACGAUUAUGAGCCAAUUGAUGAAUCUGAAGAAUUUAGUCUCAUAGAAGAGAGAGAAGAGGAAGAGGAGGAGGAGAAUUCAGCCAAUCCUGACCCAGAGAGUGAAAAGCUAAGGGAUGAGUUAAAGGAGUAUCCAGAAGAAACUAAAACUAAAGGAAUGAAAAAAGCUUCCUCCUAUGGCUCAGACAUCAAUAGGUCAGCAACUCUUCCACGUUCACAUGGGAGACCCUCAAACCGUCCAAGAGUCCAUGGCUCAGGCUAUGAUCAUUUUGAGUCAACUACCCUCCCAAGGCAGUAUGAGACCAGAACACAAAGCAGGACUCAAAGGAAGAUUGUCUAGAUCUCUACCAAGCAUCUCAUUUCCCCCUUUCUUAUUACUUUUUAUUACUUUGAACAGCAUGCCAGCUCAAGAGGUCAGCCUAGACGAAGCCAGAGGAUUAGAAAGCCACGUACUCUUCCUGUUGUUCCAAAUGCAUCGUAUGAGUGUUAGUUUAGGACAAGGAUAUGUUGUCCUGUGUAAAAAACCUCUUGCAUGUCAUGUUGGUGUAUAUAUUUUAAUUAAAUGCUUUUUGGGGCUUUGGCAAAAAUUAUCCAUUUUGUUGGCUUUUUCUUUUGUUCCUUCAUUUGAAAUUUGCUUCUGAGUAAAGUCAAGAUGAAGCAAAGUUGUUAUUAAUUGUAUUUCCCAAAUAUUUCAAAAUUGCUUUUCUAAGCAAUGGAAAGUAGAUUGUGUUUUCAGUAGUAUAAUUUUGCUGUAUUCUCAAAUACCAAUAUUGGUUCAUAAUUUUCCUGAGGACAUUUUAACAUAUGAACUAGUAUAUGUAUACCUGAUUACCAAUUUGAUUACUAUCCAUAGAUUUUUAUCAUAUUUAGUCUCAUUUCUUAGCUUACUGAAACAAUGUUUAAGACAUUCUGUCAAGUCUGUAUCAACCCACCCCCUUCUUUGUCAUGAGCUACCUUCUUUGUGAAGAAAAUUCACUUACCCUGUCUUUCUUAUAAACUUCUCUCUUCCUCCACUUGUUUUCUAACCAGGAAAGGGGCUAUUUAAGGGGGUUUUUGUAUUAUAAUAAAGAUUGGUAAAAUAUUUGUAAUUGGAUAGGAGAUCUUAGAGUAUUGUAGUCUGAUUGGUCAAGGAUGUUGUCAUUUCUGGCCAUAACCACCCAGUGUGAGCUGAUUGUAAUACCAAAGCAAUUAUCUAUAUAAGGAGAAAAAAAGGGGAAAUGCAAUUGCACUAAUUAUCACUUGUCAAUGAGUACUUAUACUGAAUGAACAAUUUAUUCUCCCCAGAACCCUGUUCAUUUUGUCUGAGGGAUUAUUGGACAGUAUUCACUUUGCAUUCAGCAAUUGAUAUUGUUUAAUGCCUGAUUGUUGCUUCCUUCAGUGCAGGACUUCUUUCCUGUCUUUACAAACCAUUCCUGUCACCCCUCUGUGACCAAGAUUCCUAAAUCCUAGUCCUUAUAUUACUUCUGAAAUCUUUUAGUAGUGUACUUAUUUAUGUGGUUUUGAUUUUUGUCCUGAUAACAAUGUUCUUAUUUAUAUUUAAAUGUGUUAACAAUGCAAAAGAUAACUGGCUAAAAAGUAAAACUUUAUGUCAUGGAAUGUAAAAAUAGUCACUUUUUUUUUUCAACAUUGCUUCUAGGUAAUUACAAUUCACAAUAACAGAUUAAACCACUAUGUUAAUGUUGGGCUGUA